AUGAGGAAUGCUAUUGUCGAGCGGUCCGAGGGGAAUGAAGAAGGCUGCAGCUCGAAGAUGAGGGGGUAUUGGGAGAGAAAAGCCCGGCAGGUUACAGAAUCUCCAGCAAGGCGCUCCGGAGGAGUUAAGCAAGGUUCUCGAGACACCGAGGAAGGCUGGGAAGAGAGCCCGCCGGUGGCGGGCUCCUACUACAACAACCACAGAUCCAUUUACUACAACAGCUCCUACUACGAUAACCACAGCUGCAGCUCCUACUACAACAACCACAGCUGCAGCUCCUACUACGACAACAACAGAUCCAUUUACUACAACAACGUCUCCUACUACGUCAACCACAACUGCAGCCCCUACUACAACAACCACAACUACAGCUCCUACUACGACAACCACAACUACAGCUCCUACUACGACAACCACAACUGCAGCUCCUACUACAACAACCACAACUACAGCUCCUACUACAACAACCACAACUACAGCUCCUACUACAACAACCACAAAUGCAGCUCCUACUACAACAACCACAACUACAGCUCAUACAACCACAACUGCAGCUCCUACUACAACAACCACAUCUACAUUUCCUACUACAACAACCACAACUACAGCUCAUACAACCACAACUGCAGCUCCUACUACAACAACCACAACUGCAGCUCCUACUACGACAACCACAACUGCAGCUCCUACUACGACAACCACAACUACAGCUCCUACUACGACAACCACAACUACAGUUCCUACUACAACAAUCACAGCUCCUACUACAACAACCACAACUACAGCUCCUACUACAACAACCACAACUACAGCUCCUACUACAACAACCACAAAUGCAGCUCCUACUACAACAACCACAACUACAGCUCAUACAACCACAACUGCAGCUCCUACUACAACAACCACAUCUACAUUUCCUACUACAACAACCACAACUACAGCUCAUACAACCACAACUGCAGCUCCUACUACAACAACCACAACUGCAGCUCCUACUACGACAACCACAACUGCAGCUCCUACUACGACAACCACAACUACAGCUCCUACUACGACAACCACAACUACAGUUCCUACUACAACAAUCACAGCUCCUACUACAACAACCACAACUGCAGCUCCUACUACAACAACCACAACUACAGCUCCUACUACCACAAUCACAACUACAGCUACUACUACAACAACCAUAACUACAGCUCCUACUGCAACAACCACAACUGUAGCUCUAAUCACAACAACUGCAGCUCCUACUAUGACAACCACUGCUCCUAAUAAAACAACCACAUCUCCUAAUAAAACAACCACAUCUCCUACUACAACAACUGCAGCUCCUAAUACAACAACUGCAGCUCGUAAUACAACACCUACAUCUCCUACUACAACACCUACAUCUCCUACUACAACACCUACAGCUCCUACUACAACAUCUACAGCUCCUACUACAACACCUACAGCCCAUACUACAACACCUACAGCUCCUACUACAACACCUACAGCUCCUACUACAACACCUACAGCCCCUACUACAACACCUACAGCUCCUACUACAACACCUACAGCUCCUACUACAACACCUACAGCUCCUACUACAACACCUACAGCUCCUACUACAACAACUACAGCUCCUAAUACAACAACCGCUUUUCUUACUACAACAAUUACAGCUCCUAAUACAACAACUACAGCUCCUAAUACAACAACUGCAGCUCCUAAUACAACAACUGCAGCUCUUAAUACAACAAUUGCAGCUCCUAAUAUAACUGCAGCUCCUACUACAACAACUGCAACUCCUAAUACAACAACUGCAACUCUUACUACAAUAACUACAGCUCCUAAUACAACAACCACUACUGAUCUACCAGACACUACACAAAUGAGCACUAUAACUCCACCUGCAGGACAGUACACCAUGCAUAGUAGGUCUGGAUAUAAGUUGGUACUGAGGGUGAAAUUUACCAUGACAACAGACCUUACCGAAUCUGAAAUCUUGAAGCAGCUUCAGUGGGAACUGAUCAGACGAGGGAUGCCAGAGACCUUUACACUGCAUAUGAGAAUCAUUUCAGGACAGAAUACAAAGAGAGUUACAAAACUUAAUGACGAUGGCCUGUUGGGGGAGGUUUAUGAACCCCAUGUCAUAUCACUUAAUCCGGCAUAGCAAAGACAAUAGAUUACCCUCAAGAUUACACUCUUACCCCAUGUCCUGCCGUAACUGGACCUAAUGUAUUAGGCAACUAAAUAUCUAUAGUACCUUCAGAAAGUUCACACCUCUUGACUUGUCUCACAUUUUAUGUUACAAAGUGUCAUUAAAAAUUAUUGAAUUGUAUUGUUUUGUAAACGAUCUACACAAAAUACUCUUUAAUGUGGAGAGAAAAAAAAGUGGAAGUGGACAUUUUUUUGUAACAUUUGUAAAUUAAAUAUGAAGUAUUAAUCAACA